UCGCUCGUGCCCCUGGUGCCGCCGCCGCCGCCGCCGGGGGGAGAAGAUGGCGGAGGGAGGCGCGGCGGAUCUGGAGACCCAGCGCUCGGACGUCGCGGCGCUGCUCAAAACCGCCCUGCGCAAGGGCGACACCUGGUAUUUAGUGGAUAGUCGCUGGUUCAAACAGUGGAAAAAAUAUGUUGGGUUUGACAGCUGGGACAAAUACCAGAUGGGAGAUCAGAAUGUGUACCCUGGUCCCAUUGAUAAUUCUGGACUUCUCAAAGAUGGUGACUCUCAGUCUCUCAAGGAGCAUCUUAUUGAUGAGCUGGACUACAUCCUUUUGCCAACUGAAGGCUGGAAUAAACUAGUUAGCUGGUACACACUGAUGGAAGGUCAGGAGCCAAUAGCACGCAAGGUGGUUGAACAGGGUAUGUUUGUAAAGCACUGCAAAGUAGAAGUCUAUCUAACAGAAUUAAAGCUGUGUGAAAAUGGAAACAUGAACAAUGUUGUGACACGAAGAUUUAGUAAAGCUGAUACGAUAGAUACAAUUGAAAAAGAGAUAAGAAAAAUCUUCAAUAUUCCAAAUGAAAAAGAGACCAGAUUGUGGAACAAAUACAUGAGUAAUACAUUUGAACCACUGAAUAAACCAGACAGUACCAUACAGGAUGCUGGUUUGUACCAGGGACAGGUACUAGUGAUAGAACAAAAAAAUGAAGAUGGAACAUGGCCACGAGGUCCUUCGACUCCUAAGUCCCCAGGUGCAUCCAAUUUUUCAGCUUUACCAAAGAUCUCUCCAUCUCUAUCAAAUAAUUAUAACAACAUCAACAACAGAAAUGUGAAAAAUUCAAACUAUUGCCUCCCAUCAUACACUGCUUAUAAGAACUAUGAUUACUCAGAGCCAGGAAGACACAAUGAGCAGCCUGGCCUCUGUGGCCUAAGUAACUUGGGAAAUACGUGUUUCAUGAACUCAGCAAUUCAGUGUCUGAGCAACACCCCUCCACUAACAGAAUACUUCCUAAAUGACAAAUAUCAGGACGAGCUAAAUUUUGACAAUCCUUUAGGAAUGCGAGGUGAAAUAGCAAAAGCUUAUGCAGAGCUCAUCAAACAAAUGUGGUCAGGAAAAUACAGCUAUGUCACACCAAGAGCAUUUAAGACACAAGUGGGACGAUUUGCACCUCAGUUUUCUGGAUAUCAGCAACAAGACUGUCAAGAACUUCUAGCUUUUCUCUUAGAUGGUUUACAUGAGGAUUUGAAUCGGAUUAGGAAAAAGCCUUAUAUUCAAUUAAAGGAUGCAGAUGGACGGCCGGACAAGGUGGUUGCUGAGGAAGCGUGGGAGAACCAUUUAAAAAGAAAUGAUUCCAUCAUUGUAGAUAUAUUUCAUGGUCUUUUUAAAUCCACCCUUGUUUGUCCUAAAUGCGCUAAGAUUUCUGUAACCUUUGAUCCCUUUUGUUACUUGACACUUCCAUUACCCAUGAAAAAAGAACGCACUUUGGAAGUUUAUUUAGUUAGAAUGGAUCCACUUACUAAACCUAUGCAGUACAAAGUAGUUGUUCCGAAAAUUGGAAAUAUACUGGACCUUUGCACAGCACUGUCAGCUUUAUCUGGUGUUGCUGCAGAUAAGAUGAUAGUUACUGAUAUAUACAAUCAUAGGUUCCACAGAAUAUUUGCUAUGGAUGAAAAUUUGGGUAGUAUUAUGGAACGCGAUGACAUCUAUGUAUUUGAAAUCGCUAUCAACAGAACAGAGGAUACAGAGCAAGUCAUAAUUCCUGUUUGUUUAAGAGAAAAGUAUAGACACACCAGUUACAGCCACCAUAGUGGUUCUUCACUGUUUGGUCAACCUUUUCUUAUAACAGUGCCUAGAAACAAUACUGAAGAUAAACUGUAUAACCUUCUGCUGUUGAGAAUGUGCCGAUAUGUGAAAACAUGUACUGAAAGUGAAGACACUGAAGGAUCCCUGCACUGCUGUAAGGACCAUGGUAUCAAUGGUAAUGGCCCAAAUGGAAUACAUGAAGAAGGAUCUCCAAGUGAAAUGGAGACAGAUGAACAAGAUGACGAAUCCAGCCAGGAUCAGGAACUUCCUUCAGAGAAUGAAAACAGCCAAUCAGAAGACUCAGUUGGAGGGGACAAUGAUUCUGAAAAUGGAUUGUGUACUGAGGAAACUUGCAAAGGUCAACUACUUACGGGACACAAAAAACGAUUGUUUACAUUCCAGUUCAACAAUUUUGGUAGUACUGACACCAACUAUAUCAAAGAUGAUACCAGACAUAUUAGAUUUGAUGAUAGGCAACUUAGGCUUGAUGAAAGAUCUUUUCUUGCUUUGGAUUGGGAUCCUGAAAUGAAAAAAAGAUACUUUGAUGAUAAUGCAGCAGAGGAUUUUGAAAAACAUGAAAGUGUGGAAUAUAAACCUCCAAAAAGGCCCUUUGUGAAAUUGAAAGAGUGCAUUGAACUAUUUACAACAAAGGAGAAACUAGGUGCUGAAGAUCCAUGGUAAGAGCAAAAAUGAAACUUGAUGUGCUGAACUAGUUCUGUAGACAGUGUGUUUCAAACUUUGUCCAUGGAGCACUUGCUGAUGAGGUGCAGAUUGGUCACAUGGUACUUGCAGUCCUUAUUUCCACGUGCUGAACUUCAUGAAAACACAGCUAAAGAUACGUUAAAUAUUUUCUUUACUAUGUAAACAAUUGCUGUAACUGCUACAGGUAUGUUAUAUGAUUGCAUAUGGGAAGGGAUACAGUCCAUUGUAGCAUGAAUAGGAAGGGAGCUGGUCUGCAUGAAACAAUUCGAGAACCACUCCUGUACGGAUUUGUACUGAAGUGAUUAAAAUGAGUAUGAUUCUAGCUGAGAUUGAAAAGUUUGUCUACACAAACGUGUAGUGUUCUACACAAAGUGUUCUACACAAACACUUUGUGUUUAUAUUUAUAUAUGAAAAGCUUUGUUCACUUAAAAAUUUCCAUUAGCAUGAGAGAUUCUACUUGUUCUAGUGAUGUCUCUGCAACUGGUAGAAUAUUUCAGACCAGUUGGACUUUUUAAAUGUGCCAGCUGUGUAGUAUUUUUGAAUUUUCAAACCAACAUGUAUAUUGUAAACUGCUGUUCUUCUAUAAGGACAUCUGAAUAUUCUCAGUUGAGAUGUUCCCUCAGUACCAAUGAGCUUUGGGGAUCUUUUAGAAAGCUGUACCCAUUGGAACCUCAUGAGAGCCUCUUCACAGCACCAGAUGUUCAAGAGGCUCUGCAGGUGGACACCUAAUUCCUUCCUUCCUUCCUUUCUGCAGCUAGCUUCACUCUGUAAGCAGAGAACCUUCCUUAUUUUUUUUUAAACCCCAAAUCUCCUGUUAGUUUGUUGUUGUUGUUUGGAUUGUGUUCAGGUAUAGUUUCUAGAUCAAUGUGCAGUUUGAAUUCCAGGCAGACUCUGUUCCAGGGCGUCCUGUCCAAUUCAGAAGAUCCAGAUGAGAGGGGGGAAAAAAAAACAUUUUAAAGCAGUCUAUUUGACACCCCUCCACCUUUUGGAAUCAAAUAUACAUAUUUGCUGCCUGACCUGCCGCACGUACGGCUAUUUUCCAGCCUGUUGCUCAGCAUGUAAGGCUCAAACUAAGGAGGACAGGCACUCUCUAUUUUAGGACUUUCUUACAGUGGUGGCCUUACACAUCAGACCCUGGGAUCUGUCCUUUGAUCGGGACUUGUCCUGGACCCAUGCAGAACAAGAAUAGAUUUUCACUGGAUUUGAAGCAGUCCGAAGUGAGGGGAAAUAAGCUUUUGGUGCUCUGAUCCUCAGUUUCAUCAUAAAAUAUCAGGGUUGGAAGGGACCUCAGGAGGUCAUCUAGUUCA